ACACAUAGUAUACUCAAAUAGGUUGUAAUUUUCAAAGAGAAAGUGGGAAAAUUUCAAUGAAAUAGUAAUUUUACAAAUAUCAUGUAAAUUUUAACCAAUAGAAUAAUUUAUAGUCGACACGGGAUUUUUAUGCAUUGAGUAAGUAAUUUGUGCUUGUGCGCGUUCGCCAUUACCGUUUUACUUCUAUCUGUGCGUUAGUGGUGCUGGUGCUCGUGUUGGAGUUGGUGUGUAAACAUAAAAAGGAAAGUAUACCUAUAUUUAACCCAUUGUAGUUAUAAGCUAGGUAUAAGUUACAAUGAUAUUUAAGUGCACCAUUUGUGGUUUCAAUUUAAAAACAUUGAGCAAAUAUAAUGUUCACUUAAGCUAUCAUCGAAACACACAUGGUGCAACAUUCAAAUGCUUGAAAAACAACUGCAAUUUAAACUUCUCAAAUUACAGACACUUUCAAAAACAUAUCCUCCAAAAUCAUAAAUUUAAUUAUAAUUCGACGAUGAUGCUUGCUUCUGUUUCAUGCACUGUGUGUGUAUUUAAAACCACUAAUACAAAUGAAUUGUGUAAGCAUGCAUAUAGUCACAUUAAAAAUAGCAUUCCUUUGAAAUGCCCUUUGUUUGAUUCCUGUAAAACUGAGACAGUGUUUACAAAGGUGAAUAAUUUGUCACAACAUAUGCGUAGAAUUCAUUUUAAAAGUUUGAAAGGUUCUUUUGUAAGAAACAAAGACACGCUUUGUGAUAUAAAUGACGUCGGGGACGUCGAAGUAAUUAACAAUUUGGAUUCAGAUGAAGAUUAUAAUCCUGUCGUAGUAGGUGAAGGUCAACCUAACAAUAAUUAUGAAGAGCUAAGCCUCAAGUUAAUCAGUUCAUUAUAUCUGACAAUGGAAUCAAAAUACUUUAUGACAAAUAAAUCAAUGCAAAUAGUUAUCGAUGGUAUAACUGACCUCAAUAAAUUAAAUAAUGAUUACAUAAUUGAAAAGUUAAAAACUAACAAUGUUGUAAUCGAUAAAGCCAUUCUAGAAAACAAUUUGUUUGACAAAGUUCAUAACGCCGUACAUGGUGAACUAAGAUCUAAAUUCAUAAGAAAUAAAUACUAUCAAAACUAUUUUAAUUACAUUUCGCCAAAGUGUAUUAAUUUAGAAGGUGGUUCUAAGUUUUAUUACGUCCCGAUUAUAAAAACGAUAGAAAUGUUGUUUAAAACAAAAAAUUUUUGUAAAGCAUAUUUUUCACCAGAAAGCAAUGUUGAGGAUUUCUCAAAUAUAUGUGAUGGUAUUUCUUUUAAGAAUAACUUAUUUUACGAGAAUAAUCCCCAUGCCUUGCAAUUAAUUCUUUACCAAGACGCUUUCGAAAUUUGUAACCCUUUAGGUUCAUCCAGAAAAAAGCAUAAAGUAGUUGGAAUAUACUUUACAGUUAAUAAUAUACCCAGUAGGCAUUGGUCAAAAGUGGGUCAUAUUCAAUUAAUUGGACUGGUGUACGAAAAAACUAUUAAAAUGUUAGGUUUUCAUAAAGUGCUAACUGUAUUAUUGGAAGAUUUGAAGUUUAUAGAAGUUACAGGCGUCGAAGUAGAAGUUGACAAUAAACGAAUUAAUAUAAAAGGUUCCUUAUUAUCAGUGAUCGGAGACAACUUAGGCAGUCAUCAAGUUGGUGGGUUUGUCGAAAAUUUUAGCACAUCGGGUUAUUUCUGUCGAUACUGCGAUUUUAGCUAUGCUCAUUCUAAUAAACCUAUAGUUUACCGAACAAAGUCAUUGUACGAAUUCGAUGUUAACAUGGCAAAUUUUGAAGCAGAGCCUUCUAAAGGAAUUAAACACAAUUCUGUGUUAAACGACUUAAAUUAUUAUCACGUGUGUAAUCCUGGACUACCGCCUUGCAUUGCUCAUGACAUGUUUGAAGGUGUAGUACAAAGGGAUUUGAUGUUGGCAAUUAACCAAUGUGUUUCUAACAAAUUGUUUUCUUACGAUGAACUUAACAUUAAAGUGAGCAAACUGCAUUUUCUGUUUGAGAAAAAAUACACUUUUCCUUUAUUGAGCAAAGGUGACAAACUUCCUGGUAAUGCAUCACAAAAUAUGAUGCUUUUGUUGUUAUUCCCUUUUGUAUUUCAUGACGAUGAUAACCUCCAUGUCUCUGCAAUAUGGAAAUUAAUAUUAUGUUUACGAAGAAUUUGUUUGCUGCUGUUAAGUUUUAAAAUUUCUCUUAAUCAAGUAGCUCUGUUAAAAACUUUAAUUACUGAGUAUUUGGAAGAUCGCCAAACUUUGUUUCCCAACGUUUCAUUAAAACCAAAACAUCACUUUAUGUCUCACUAUCCUUAUUUAACACGACAAUUUGGACCACUAAGGCACUUAUGGACCUUAAGAUUUGAGGCAAAACACCAGUACUUUAAAAAUGCCAUACGACAUAGUAAGAAUUAUAAGAACAUAUUAUUUUCACUAUCAAAUAAGCAUCAGUUGUUUCAAGCACUGAAUGCAACCCAAAAUUUGUUAUUUAAUGACAGUGUAUUGUCAGAUGAUGCUCAUAUACUAGGCGAGUGUGAAGUAUCGUAUGAAAUGAAGAAUCUAAUUACAACUAACAUUGGAAAUAUUGACAUUCUCAUAUCAAACUAUGUUACUUUUAGAGGUACCAUUUACAAAACCGGUCAAGUAGUUUGCUAUGAUAUAGACGCAUUUGGAUACUUUCUAUUGUGUAAAAUCCAGUUCAUUUUAAUAACCAAAGAAUAUGACGAUAUUUAUUUUGUAGGUCAAAAGACAAAAAUAUUUUGUAAUUAUUACAAUGAUUUGUUUUACCAAUUUGCCGAUGAAACCGAAAUUAACAUUUUCGUUAAAUUUAACAGUUUAUUAUGUCAUGAACCACUUUUACAGUAUUUAAGUACGACAAAAACUAUUCUUUAUAGUUUUAAGUCAACUCCGUAUGUAGUAUAAAGAUUACAUUUUACAAAGAAGUUUAAAGUAUUUUAAAUGUUAAUUUUUCGAUUUUAACCAAAAGUAUCAAUUUUUUUACGUUAUACAUACUGCAAUCAAUUUUUUUGCAUUAAGGCGAGGCUUUCCGCUGUGUAACGGCACUGAUUUAAUUUAUCUCAUUUUAUUUCACAUUUUUGUCACUUUUCAGCGAGAUAUUGAGUUGAGGGUUUUUAUAUUGGAAAGAUAAGAGUAUGGUGUUGAUGUAUUAAAUUCCAGAUUUCUAAAAUUUUGCAUUACUUUUUGCUAUUAAUUUUUGAAAGCGUAAAUAAUUGCGGUAUAUCAUACUGACGAAAUGAAAAAAAAAAUGAAAGAAGAGGCAAAAUCAGUUCCGUUAUAUGCAGCGGAAAGUUUCGCCUUUAUUGUUUCUCCUAACUUUGUGACUUACUAUAUUACAUAUUUGCAAUCAAUUAAUUAGUAGGUACUGUUACUUAUCAAAAAAUCAUUCUUCACUGUUAAAAAUAAUGCACCUAUUCAAUUAAAAGAUAUUACUUUACCUAAAAAUGUUAAUCAAUAUUUCACAUACGUACAGCAGUUUCUAAUAAUAUUUAACAUACUGUUUAGAUGCAUCUAUUCAAAGUAUGGAAUAGGACACGUACUCGAAAAGUUUUGGUUUGUGUUCCAGAGGAAAACGUUUAUGUUGAACUGGUGUUAAAAGCUUCCCAAAAACUUGAAAUAGAUGGAGUGAAGCUAGUAUUGGAGAGUGACGGAACCAUAGUGGACGAAGAUGACAUCCUUAUGUUGGUAAAAGAACAAAUUCUAAUUCUAUUGCAAACGGGUGAAGAGUGGACCGAUACGGAUUGCAUUUCUGGAGCUACAUCACUAGCCAGUACUGUGUCUCUGGCCAGUACGGUUUCUCUGAUAGAUUCCGUUACUGCAGGUGCAGAUGGCAAUUAUGACGAAAAAGAAAACAUCAACAUUGUAAAUGCACGUAUACUUCAUGUAGACAACAAUAUGGAAUAUAUGUGGACUAGCUUCGAAAUUCCAUGGAAUAAGUUAUCUGUUAAUGUAAUUAAUGUAUGCGAGAAGGGAGUGCGUGAUAAACGAAUAAUAACAGAGAUUGUGCAUAUGGUUGCAAACGAAAUGAUGGCUAUAAAGUCUCUACCAUCAAGCAAAUCCAUUAGAAUUGUGGCCAAUAAAAUAAUAACAAAAUACCCAAAUGUAUUUAAAGAUGUCGAUGACGAUGGGGUAACAUUAGGAGAUGGAUGUAGCAGCAUUUUUACAAAACUCCAUGAAAGAAUCCAUUACUUAAAUAGGCCACACAAGCGAUUGUCUUCUAACCAAAUAUCUUCAAAAUCUAAGAAAAUUAAAAAUUCCACUGCGGGUUGUUCCAACUGGAACCCUCCAGAUGUAAUAAAUGACGAUCAACACGAUGAGGACUAUAAAUCUAAAUUGUUAGAAUUAGGAAAAAAACAGCAAUAUAAUGACGAAUUUUAUGAAUUAAUGAACAGAACUUAUACAGACCAAAGAAACUUUAUCAACAGUGAAGAUCCUCCCACCGUGCAUAAAAUAAAAGAAGAAUGGCCUAUUUUGUUCCAAAUUCCAGCAAUUUAUUGGCAUUUUCAUAAUUUAACCAAGGCAAACCUAAAGACGUUAUCUGAUGUUAUGGCAGAAAAGUUUGAAAAUAUUUCAAAAUAUGCUUCUCAAAGAAAUUUCAAAAUUCCCAAAAAUAACAACAAAGUAUUAGAUACGUUGGAAAUUUUGUGCAACUUAUAUAAGGAAGAUCUUGAAAAAAUUUACCUAAAAGUUGAGAAAGACCCAGAUCUGGAUCAUGAUAUAUCAUUUCUUUCGCCGUGUAUUGUGGAUGUAGAUUCGGGAGUUCAAAGAAAGCUGUUCAUUGUUUUGGAAAAGGAGCAGGCAAUUGAAGUUGAAUCGAUUGAGGAGGCAGUGCAAAGUCUAGUUGGGCUGUAUUUUCUACUAAAUUUACAGUAUCCAAAGGAAAUUUCCUGCGUCAUGGAAACGAUUCAACGAUACUUUUUAAAAAUCCACCCUGACGAUGGUACUAAAUCAAAAAAAAGUAACUCGUCUAAGCGCAAAGUUUUUGCGCUUCUAAAUAAAUUAAGAGACAUUUAGAAUGACAUAUCUUUAUUUAAUAAUAUAUAUAAUCUUCACUAUUUACUGAAAUAGUAUUAUUUUUUCGAACUGUGUACUGAAUAGUAGUUUUGUUUAUUGGAUUUUUUGUAUUUUUGAAUUAUGCGUUACGUUGCAACAUAUAAUACAAGUUUCUAUUAUGUUAGAUAGUGGUUUUACUUUUACUUACCCCGUAGAAAUUUAC